AUGUCGAAGAGAAAAAAUCCUAAUCAGCGUGAGAAGUGGAAAGAAUUAUAUACAAAUAUUUCAAAGAAAAGAACGGGAAAGAAAUCUGGAUUGGGGAAUUCUGCUCCUGAAGUUCUUACUGUUCAACGUUUAUCGGCGGAAGUAGAAGGUAAAUGUAAAAAAUAUUCCCGAAUCGGAGCGUUAACUAUGGUACCGUUUGGCGAGGAACUGUCGAUGGAAAACGUAAAAAAAGCAUGUUCAAAGCAUUUUAAUGUCUCGAAGCACAUGGAGUGUGAUGUAUUAGCGGGGGAGAGGGGACCAUCGUACACCGAUAUUAACCAAAUUUCAAAUUUGAAGCUACUCCACAUGCGAUUUGUUGAAAAAAGCUACAGUGUCGAAGUCAAUGAUCGUGAAGUGAAACCGGAAGUGGUGGUUCCAUCCUCAUCUUCUACAUCUUUCCCGAAAAACUGGUGGGAGACGGCCCCACUACGUGCAUCAUCAUCGCCAUGUGCAUCAUCAUCGCCUUGUAUAUCCAAAAUGCCUGCGCCAGUGCCACUCAGUGCCAUGAUGAAUUUGGGUAAAUUCAUUCCGCCAAAGCUGAGUCGGGGCCUGGUCACAUUGCAGCUUGAAGAUUUUUCGGUGGAGGAAAAAAAAUGGCUUGAUCCGUUCGAUGUACGGUUAUCUCUGAAAAGGGAGAAGUUUGCAUCCGGGGGAUUCAGGGAUGCAUUUGAGUGCACUGCAUUAUCUGGCCUUAAAGGGAGAUUUGUCUUGAAGAAGUAUAAAGAAGAUCAAGUUCAAAGCAUUAUUGCUAAUUUUGGAUCACUGGAAAUUCAUACCAGAAAAGUGGUUCAAAUGCAUGCUUUAGCAAGGCAUUUCACGAAAUGCUUGAGCAAUGAAAUACCCCCAGAUUUUGGCACUUCGUUCCUUUACAACAAGCUUUAUUAUGGUAAGCUUGAUGAGCAGUGCAUAACCAUAGAACAGUACCUUGAUGGCGAUUUUCGUAAAUACAUCAACAACACUGGUGAAAUUAUUGUUUCUGAUGGUAGUGAUUUGGCAUUAAAGUCUGAAAUGUUCUCUCAUUAUACCUAUAUCAAGUCGGGGAAGCGACUUAUGGUACUCGAUAUCCAAGGAGCUGGCUAUUCACUCUGUGAUCCUGAGAUUGCAAGUGCAGAGUUUACUGACACUGAUGACAACAUUUUCUUCUGCAAUGGCAACCUGUCACAUGAUGCGAUUUAUUCCUUUGUGUCACAACAUGUGUGCAAUCAAUUCUGCAAACUCCUUCAUUUACAUGAAAAGUGA